GACCGCCGCGCACACCGCGGAGGGAGUCCUUCUGCAGGCCACCCGCUCGGAGGGCUUCAGGCCGUGGGAUGGGAUGGCUCCUCCUUCGCGAUUGCGUCGGCUGCGCAGUCAUUCCACCUUGUUUACUCCGUCCCUUCCCACCCAUAGGGUCGUCUUGGCCCGGCUGCGGAUAGACAAGAAAGUGCCAUUAGGCCUCGUGGGCUUAGGGGACGCGGCCAGUGCGCGGCGCUCACCUCCCGCUGCCGCCUAACAUCCUGGGAAGUCUGACAGCGGCGGUGUCGCAAAAGCGUCGCGAAGCCGUCCGCCCUUGGCGGCUCCCUGCCACCUGUAUAAGCAGACCGUGCAGGGGUUUGAAAACGGGUAUGGAAGCAGCUGUAGCCGUGAUUCCCCGCGAUUGCUGGGACUCCAUGGAGAAGCGGUUCUUCGGUGUCCCGGGCUGCUGAGCUCUCGCCUGCGUUCCCGCGGCGCAGCCAUAGGGCCAUGCUGGCCUUGCGUGUGGUGCGCGGCUGGUGGGGGGUCCUGCGCGGCGCAGCCUGGGCGUCGGGAGCGCGGCCGGGCAAGGUGCGCGUCCGAGGGGCCCUGCUGCCGCCCGCGCCCUGCUGCCUGGGCUGUCUCGCGGAGCGCCGGUGGCUGCGCCCGGCCGCGCUGGGUCUCCGGCUGCGUGGGGCCGGCCCGCGGAACCACUGCUCGGGCGCCGAGAAGGCGGCCCCCGGGCCGGCUACCGGGCGGGGCGCCGCAGCCGAGGCCCCCGGCGGCCAGUGGAGCCCGGCGACUGCGGCCAGCCUGUAUGAAAACCCAUGGACAAUCCCAAAUAUGUUGUCAUUGACAAGAAUUGGCUUGGCCCCAGUUCUGGGCUAUUUGAUUAUUGAAGAAGAUUUUAAUAUUGCACUAGGAGUUUUUGCCUUAGCUGGGCUAACUGAUUUGUUGGAUGGAUUUAUUGCUCGAAACUGGGCCAAUCAAAAAUCAGCUUUGGGAAGUGCUCUUGAUCCACUUGCUGAUAAAAUACUUAUCAGUAUCUUAUAUGUUAGCUUGACCUAUGCAGAUCUUAUUCCAGUUCCACUUACUUAUAUGAUAAUUUCAAGAGAUGUAAUGUUGAUUGCUGCUGUUUUUUAUGUCAGAUAUCGAACUCUUCCAACACCGAGAACACUUGCUAAGUAUUUCAACCCUUGCUAUGCCACUGCUAGGUUAAAACCAACAUUCAUCAGCAAGGUAAACACAGCAGUCCAGUUAAUCUUGGUGGCAGCUUCUUUGGCAGCUCCAGUUUUUAAUUAUGCUGAUAGCAUUUAUCUUCAGAUGCUGUGGUGUUUUACAGCUUUCACCACAGCUGCAUCAGCGUACAGUUAUUACCAUUAUGGUAGGAAAACUGUUCAGGUGAUAAAAGGCUGAUGAAAGUCAUCCAUCACCAUUAGCGAGGAAGCAAUAUACAUCAUCGGCAGCAGGUCCUGUGGAAAUCUACAGGAGUUUCCCAGUUUGGGUGUUCAGCUUGAAAAAGGACCUGUCAAAACAAACCAUGUCAUCAAAAUUUAAGUAAUGUGCUUUGAAAAUAAGCUUGAUCAUGGGCAUAUGCAGAAUUUCCAAUGUAUUUUUAAAUACAAAUAAAACUAAAAUUUAGAAUUU